GAGGCAUACAGUUAAAUAGUGCGGAAGUGGGAAACAGACAUGCUUAUGCGCGGAACCCAGACGCACCCUUAACUCUAUUUUACUAAAAUCCUUCUGAAAUCCGGCCUGAGCGCUGUCACUUGUCCUGUCUGACACUUAUCUCACCCAACAUCCAAAUUCCAAACCAGCCAAAGGCGUCCUCUCGGGCUCCGAGGGAAGCAAAAUCUAAAAGCACAUAAAGACACAGACAUAGAGAGACGUUAGACAGAGGAACGUUACAACUUCGUAAGCUCCGUAUAUACGAGAGUUACUGAAGUGAAGCCAAGUUGAAGAUAAAAUCUCCGUCUUUUGCUCAGCUCUAAGAGAAAGGGCGAUUUUUGAGCAAUGGCAGCCGGAUUUCAGAUUACUUUUGCCAUUUCUUUGUUGCUUCUGCUUCUGGGAUUUUGCAGAGGAAGUACCAUUGGAGUUUGCUAUGGAAGAAAUGCUGAUGACCUCCCAACACCUAAUAAAGUAGCACAGCUAGUUCAACAGCAUAACAUCAAAUAUCUAAGGAUUUAUGAUUCUAAUAUUCAGGUCCUCAAAGCUUUUGCAAAUACUGGAGUUGAACUCAUGAUUGGGGUUGCAAAUUCAGAUCUAUUGCCUUUUUCCCAGUUUCAAUCCAAUGCAGACACCUGGCUAAAGAACAGCAUCCUUCCUUACUAUCCAGCCACUAAGAUCACGUACAUAACCGUUGGUGCUGAAGUCACAGAAAUCCCGGGUAAUAUCUCUAAACUAGUUGUGCCUGCAAUGCAAAAUGUCCUCACGGCGUUAAAAAAAGCUGGUCUGCAUAAAAGGAUUAAAGUCUCAACUACCCAUUCUCUCGGGGUUUUGUCCAGAUCAUUCCCACCCUCUGCAGGGGCCUUUAAUAGCAGCUUUGCUUUUUUGCUGAAACCCAUACUGGAAUUUCUUGUCGAGAACCAGUCACCUUUUAUGAUAGACAUAUAUCCAUACUAUGCAUAUAGAGAUUCUUCCACUAAUGUGUCUCUAGAUUAUGCUCUAUUUCAGUCAUCCUCAGAAGUCAUAGAUCCAAACACUGGCUUGCUUUACACAAACAUGUUUGAUGCACAGAUUGAUGCUCUUUACUUUGCACUUAUGGCUCUGAAUUUCCGAACAAUCAAGAUUAUGGUAACUGAAACUGGCUGGCCCUCCAAAGGUUCACCCAAAGAGACGGCUGCAACCCCGGAUAAUGCACAGACUUAUAACACCAAUCUGAUCCGACAUGUCAUCAAUGAUACAGGCACUCCUGCAAAGCCUGGAGUGGAGCUAGAUGUGUAUAUUUUCUCAUUGUUCAAUGAGAACAGGAAACCUGGUUUGGAAUCUGAGAGAAAUUGGGGGUUAUUUUAUCCAGACCAGACAAGCGUCUAUAACCUGGAUUUAACUGGAAAAGGUGCUGUUGAUAUGACACCAGAUUCAAAUGUUACAAGUCUGAAUGGUACUACAUGGUGCAUAGCCUCUACCAAGGCUUCUGAAAUGGAUUUGCAGAGUGCAUUAGAUUGGGCAUGUGGCCCUGGGAAUGUGGACUGCUCUGCUAUUCAGCCUAGCCAGCCUUGUUUUGAACCAGAUACUCUACUCUCUCAUGCAUCUUAUGCGUUUAACAGUUACUACCACCAAAAUGGGGCUUCCGAUAUUGCUUGCAGUUUUGGAGGGAAUGGGGUCAAAGUUGAUAAAAAUCCAAGCUAUGACAAUUGCUUGUAUAUGACCGCAGGUGCAAACAAAACUGCAGCCAGUAAUGCAACAGCAAUAUCUUCUCCUUCUUCCUCUACAUGCAAUGUGGCCUUUACAUGGACUACAAGUUUUUUACUUAUGACUUUUCUGUCCACCGUCCUGAAUAUUGAAGAAUCUGUUAAGAGUUUGAUACUAAUAUGAGAGCUGUGUCUUUGAGGUGGAGGAGAGAUGGUGACUAGACAAUUUUCCACGGAAGCUUGAUGGGAGAAAAUGUAUCUGCUGUGGAGGAAUUUGCCCUCUGGUUUUGUAAGAUAUUGAUAAUUAUCACCGUUUCAUUCUAGUAGUAAAAUAUAAUUAUAAUGCAGCUUUCGAUUGUUGCAAAUCGCCUGUAUUAAAGGGCUUGCAGUUGCGAGUUGCUGUUUCAGAUUCUACAAAUCUAAUGCAUUCCUCUGCUCCACUAAAAUGACUUUAGUAGUAGCAGGGAUUCUUUAA